GUUAAGUUGGCUAGAGACGAAUCGCAAAGCAUGCGAAAUCUGGUAGCGAGCGAUGUAUAUGUAAGUCGGGAUGGGCAAGGUGGUUGAUGAUAAGACGGAAUCGCUGGCUCCGCGAAGAAGUCGGUGACGAAAUGGCGGACCCACCUACAGUACCUGCCGUGCGAGAUCUGAUUACUCAGACACGGUAGGUACGCCAGUGCCCCUCCAUCCCAGAUUGGCGGCCGCGGGGCAGUCGGACCUGAACAAAGUCCACCUUGGCUAAAGGCGCGACAACUUCCACUCUCCUUCACAUCACACUCCCCCCAGACAACUACGGAGAAAUCAUGACGGAACAACCGGUAUCAGUCCUCUUUGUCUGCCUCGGCAACAUUUGCCGCUCAACAAUGGCAGAAGGCGUGUUUCGCAACUUUGCGCAAAAGCCUCAGUACAAGGGCCUCAUCUCAAAGGUGGAUUCCUGCGGCACAGCGGCCUACCAUGUCGGCGAUCCUCCCGAUGACAGAACCAUGGCGACGCUCGAAGACCACGGCAUAACGGAUUACUACCACGCUGGUCGCAAGGUGUCGCCCUCAGACUUUAACAAGUUCGACUACGUCUUCGCCAUGGACCGAUCCAACCUACGAGACCUUCAAAACCUACAACAACGAGGCCACACCGAUUCAAAGGCCAAGGUGAUGCUCUUUGGCGAGUUUUCAGGAGGACCGAGGUCGGAGGUGGUGAACGAUCCAUACUAUGGUGGCGAUGAGGGUUUUGCGAAGGCCUAUGAGCAGUGCACACGGUUUUCGACCAACUUUUUGAAGCACGUCUUCCCGAUGUCGACCCCAAAGCAUAGAAGGACCGUGGAUUGCGAUCAAGGUGGAGAGAAGAUUGAAGAUUGA